CAUGUUAGUGCACACAAAGUAAACUGCAGGCUUUAGUUGUGAAACAAAAACGCUGAAACCGGAGAAAUAAAACGUGCGAGGGGAACGAUAACGACGACAAGAGUCUCCCGAUCGUUUACUCUUCCUGUCCUGUGAGCAACAUCGGCAUGGUGUUAAUUGUUUGCUGUUUUCACGAUCGCGUCGCACAUGAGGAUAUCACCAGCCGUCAUCUCCCUACUGUGCUGCACAACAAAGCAAGCUCGUCUGACUGUGAGUCCCAGAAGCUCUCAGGUCUUUAAAGAUAACUUUGUGUCUCUGAGCUGUGAGGAGGACGACAGCUCUGCUGGAUGGACUCUGAGGAGAAACACAAGCAAACAACAGAGGACACAGUGUGGAGAUGGGUGGGGGAAACCAGCUGGUUCUUCCUGUAACAUCAGCUACAUUGACCCACUGGAGAGUGGAGUUUACUGGUGUGAGUCCAGAGAGGGUCCCAUCAGUAACAUGGUUAACCUGACAGUCACUGGUGGAUCAGUGAUCCUGCAGAGUCCUGUCCUCCCUGUGAUGGAGGGAGAUGACGUCACUCUGCUCUGUAAAACAAAGACCACUCCCUCCAACCUCCCAGCUGCUUUCUAUAAAGAUGGCUCCCUCAUCAGGGAGCAGCCUACAGGUCACAUGCCCAUCCAGCAUGUUUCCAGGUCUGAUGAAGGCCUCUACAAGUGUGACAUCAGCGGUCAUGGAGAGUCUCCAUCCAGCUGGAUCACUGUCACAGGUGCAAUUCUCUCCACAGAAAAACCUACACCCACACCUUCACCAACCACCUCAGCUCCUCCCUCUUCCACAGUACUGUCCCCUGACUCCUCCUCCCUCCACCGUGUGUUCAGAGUGGUCCUCCACCUGGUGGUGUUCUGUCCAUACUUCAUCUCCACUGUCCUCAUGGUGUCUUUGUAUCGAUGCAGAGCCAAAGGAAACUACAUGCAUGUCUCUAUGGUAAAGACCCCACUCGACGAGGCUGAGCAGGGAUUGGAUAAUGACUAUGAAGAUGUCACUAUAGAGCAUCACUUCUGAAGCAGAGCUCAUGUUCAGCUUGAUAUUAAUGAAAACGUAUUCCUGCUGAGGAUUUAUAUCACGUGCUGCCUAUGUAUCACUGUAGUUCUUUAAUGUACAAGGCAGUUAUCUUUUUUCUAAACCAAACCUGCAGAAUGGCAAAGAUAACAAUUUGAGCAAUUCUGAGCAACUAUCGUACCUUUUGAUUGCAGAUUUAUUUAUUUCUCAUUUUAGGAAGACAUUCUUUGUUUGCUGUCUCAGUGUCUCACUCAUGCAUGAAUAAUGAGCUUCAAAAUAAAAGAUUUUAAAGGGAGACUGUUAGCAGGGCCACAUAAAGACUCCUUUUUAAAACUUGAAUACUGUGCCAUGUGCAUGAAUGACAACAUGUACAAUAUAAAACAAUUUCAUUUAAGAACCACUUAAAGAAAAUGUACUUUACUGGUGGAUUUGGUUGGUAGAGAUCAUUUGUAGAAAAGUGUUAAAGCUACAAAGUAUUGAAAGAUGUAAUAACACACUGUCUGACUCUAAACCUGAGGUUUAGUGAUAAUUGAAAACAAUGUACAAUGACACCAGAAUUUACCAUUUAUUUAAAUUUGUGUCUUGUUUAUAUUUUACUGCUGCUCUCACACAUUUAAAUGGAUACUGCUAAUCCUGUAAAAAUAAUGUUGUUCCCUCAUCAAAGAAGAAUAACAUCUGUAAUCAAGACAACUGGUUUAAUAAUGAGAGAACUUAAGAACUUGGAAGAAUUAAACAUUAUGUAUUGUUUAUUUAUUGAUAGCGAAACUAAUGUAUUUGGAGAUUAGAUUCCAAUGAGAUACAGAAAGGGAUCCCAGCAGUGAUAGGAUUUAGGUCAGGAGCCCCUGGAGUCUAGACUCUGGUGGUAGUGAAAAUGAAGACUGAGGCUUGGUAUGGCAGUGAUGUAGAAAAUGGAAAAGCAACCCAAACAAACAAACAAAAAAAACAACUAGUGAAGCUCACAUUAGAAAUUAUUAUGAGUUGUGAUUUGUUUCCCUGUGCUGAACCACUGGAGAGAUCUUAGGGCUCCCCAUCUGCUGAAUCCCAAUUUAAACCGUGACUGUUGUAAUUUUGCUGUUUAGGUGAAGUCACACUCUGCCAUGUAGGCAACAGUAAAUUAUUUUUGUUUACUGCAUGUCUCCUACAAACUAGCCCCAUUUAUUUAAAUUAUAGUUUAAAUUGUAACAAUAUUUGUAUUCUUAAGUAGUAACAUUAUUAUAUUAUUAUAUUAAUAUAGCACAGGUUUUGUUACCUUUUUACAAUAUGGUUAGUAGAAUCUUCCUUCAAGGAGCACUUUUUACUUUCUUACUUUGAGUACAUUACAGAGCAUGCACUUUUUCACUUUCACUCGAGUAAUAAACUUGCUUAGCUAAACUAAACAUCUCUUCUCGGCACAGUAGUAAUACACAGUACUACUGUCUAUUAGCACUGCCACAUUUGUAUAGUGCUUCUUUGCUCCACUAAUUUCAUUCAAAUAUUGUACAGGUGUGUGGUUUAAGCUGCUUAAAUAGCAAUGCAUUGUUUCUGAAAGAUGUAUGCCACCCCAAAGUGAUCACAGCUCAAUCCUUACCUCCCUGUAAAAAUUAUUUUGUUUUCAUUGCAGUUUAGCGUCACUUUUAGUUCAAGUUUUCCUGGGUAUUGUUUCUUUGUGUAUAUACUGGAUUCAAAAGUUCGGAAAAAAAGAUAUUUCUUUACAACCACACACAGUUUGAGGGCAGAUCUCAUCACCCAUAUUUUAUUGAUAAAUCUGACCAAACUGAAACGGAAACUAUUUUUAUGAUUUGUAAUGUCAAAUGAUGGUUUUAGUGAAUUUUAUUUUUAUUUUCUAAAGUCUAGUGUUUGUUUUUAAAGAUAAAAAAGAAGAUGAGUGUACAUGAAGAUAAUAGGCUAAAUUUGUGAUUGUGUGCCUCUAAACAAUUUGGUCAGAGUCGACAACUAACUGUGAUGAAGGGUACAAACCAAAAACAGCAUUGGAAAAAAAUUAAGUUAAAGAUUGAAUUCAUUCAUUCGUUUACAUGUCAUGUGUCCCCAAGAAGUAUUUAAGACUGAAAACAAAAUUAACAGAACAAUAUCAUAAAUCACUCACUGAUUUAAAAUAAGAUUAAUAUUAGAUGACAAAACACUGAAGCCUUAGUCGAUAAUAAUCAGAAGUUGAGUUGAGUUUUAGUCAGUUUUGAAGUGUGUAUUUGCGCUAAGAUUGAGGUGUGGUCAGGGGUAGGUGGAAGAUACAUCAAAGUGGACACAGCCUGUUUACAGUAGUCACAAGUGAGCAGGUAAGGGGAAUGACAGCUAGAAGUAAGUUAUUUUUUCCACUGUCUCAGCUGUUGGUCGCAUCAUGUUUUCUGUUCUUUGUUUUUACAAACAUGUUUUAUCUUUAAUCACUGCCCCAGACUUUUGUAGAUGUUUUUAAAUCUAAAUGAAAAAUAAAGUUUUAAAAGUAGCUGCCA